GAUCAGGCGGGGCGGAGAUGGCGGCGGCGGCGGCGGAGCUGCAGGGGAAGUACCAGAAGCUGGCCCAGGAGUACUCCAAGCUUCGCGCUCAGAACCAAGUCCUGAAAAAAGGAGUUGUAGAUGAGCAGGCAAACUCUGCCUCACUGAAGGAACAACUGAAGAUGAAGGAUCAAUCACUGAGGAAACUGCAACAAGAAAUGGACAGCUUAACCUUUCGAAAUCAGCAACUUGCCAAGCGAGUGGAGCUACUUCAAGAUGAACUUGCAUUAAGUGAAGCUCGAGGCAAAAAGAACAAGAAAAGUGUAGAAUCCUCAUCUCACCUGAGUCAAGAACAGAAAAGUGUCUUCAAUGAAGAUCUUCAGAAGAAAAUAGAAGAAAAUGAACGACUGCAUAUACUUUUCUUUGAAGCAGAUGAGCAGCACAAACGUUUGGAAGCAGAGCUGAGGAGUAGACUGGAGGUUUUGGAAAUGGAUGCUGCCGAGCACCAAGCUGUGGUGGACAGCUUAACGAAGAAAUACACAGAGACCAUAGAAAAGCUGCAGAAUGAUAAAGCCAAAUUAGAAAUCAAGUCUCAGACACUAGAAAGAGAAGCUAAGGACUGUAGGCUUCGAACUGAAGAAUGCCAGCAACAGCUAAAGAAUCUUCAAGCAGCUUUGGGCAGUAGACUGGAAGAAUCUCUGUGCAUAAUUAAUGAAAAAGUACCUUUUAAUGACACAAGAUCUACUCGAUACAAUGCUCUGAAUGUACCAUUGCACAACAGAAGGAAUCAGCUGAAGCUGCGAGACCUUGCUGGCCAGGCCAUGGCUUUUGUCCAAGAACUUGUAACAGCUCUCCUGAACUUCCACACGUACACUGAGCAGAAGGUACAGAUCUUCCCCAUUGAUUCUGCAACAGACACAAUAUCACCCUUAAAUCAGAAGUUCUCACAGUAUCUCCAUGAAAACGCUUCCUACGUUCGCCCUCUGGAGGAAGGAAUGCUGCACUUGUUUGAGAGCAUCACAGAGGAUACUGUGACAGUCCUGGAAACAACUGUGAAAUUGAAGGCCUUCUCAGAACAUUUAGCUUCCUAUUUAGGCUUUUUAAGAAAGAUUCUUCCUUACCAAUUAAAAAGUUUGGAAGAAGAGUGUGAGUCUUCUCUUUGCACAGCUGCUUUAAGAGCUAGAAAUAUGGAGCUGCACAGAGACAUGAAAAGGUUGACUGCAGUCUUUGAGAAGCUACACACAUACGUCAGUCUUCUGGCCUUACCAAGUACAAGACCAGAAGGACUCCUUAGGACAAAUUAUGACUUUGUGUUUACAAACAUUGCUGCAGGUCUUCAUGGAUUCCAUGACAUUUUAAAAGAUAUUUCCAAGCACUAUAGCCAGAAAGCUGCUUUAGAACAGGAAGUUCCAACUGCCACACAGAAACUCAUAACUACAAAUGACUGUAUUUUAUCCUCUGUUGCUGCUUUAACAAAUGGAGCAGGCAAGAUGGCCUCGUUCUUUAGCAACAACUUGGAUCACUUCACCACCUCGUUGAGCUAUGGCCCUAAGGGAGGAGCAGAGUUCAUCAGCCCUCUCUCAGCUGAGUGCAUGCUGCAGUACAAGAAGAAGGCAGCUGCCUACAUGAAGUCCUUGAAGAAGCCUUGUGCAGAUUCAGUGCCUUAUGAAGAGGCUUUGUCCAAUCGCAGAGUUCUCCUGAGUUCUACAGAGAGCAGGGAAGGUCUUGCACAGCAGGUCCAGCAGAGUUUGGAGAAAAUUGCAAAACUUGAACAAGAAAAAGAACACUGGAUGCUGGAGGCCCAGCUAGCUAAAAUAAAGCUAGAGAAAGAAAACCAAAAACUGAAGAACUCUCUUACUGGACAUUUAACUGAAACUAUCCAGGAACGUUCAGUUUUGCCAAAUGUAGCAGAACAAAAGAAGGAAACCGCAGAAAAGAGUCUGAAGGAACCUAUUAAGAGCACCAGUCUGAUUGGAAUGUUGACUGUAACUACUGAUAAUGCAAAGGCUCCAGAUGUUGAGUCUCGUGAAGACCUGAUAAAAACUCACUACAUGGCCAGGAUAGCAGAGCUGACCUCUCACCUGCAGCUUGCUGACAGCAAAUCAGUGCACUUCCAUGCUGAGUGUCGAGCACUUGCCAAAAGACUUUCUCUGGCAGAGAAGUCCAAGGAAUCGCUCACGGAAGAGUUGAAGCUCGCCAGUCAAAACAUCACCAGAUUACAGGAUGAAUUGAUGACGACAAAGAGGAGCUAUGAGGACCAGUUAAGCAUGAUGAGUGACCAUCUGUGCAGUAUGAAUGAAACCUUGACUAAGCAAAGGGAAGAGAUUGAUACGCUAAAGAUGACCAGUAAGGGAAAUUCUAAAAAGAACAAAAAUCGAUAGUUUACAGCUGAGUCUUUGGAAGCUGCUGCUGCACAGGAUGCAGAUAGUGACCAUUCAUUAUCCAGUUCCUGUUUGUUCCAGGAAGCAGAGGCUGGUAUUGGGUCUAGUAAAAACUGAAUUGGUGCUGUAAAUGGCUUUUAAAAUAUUUAGAACUUGUAACAGAUAAAAUAGACCUUAAUGUUGGCUGUAAAACAGGAAAUACACACACUAUGGAUAAUUUAUAUAGUAAUUACCUUCAGUUUUUACUGUGCACUUUUUAAAACCAGGUUUUGAUUUCAUGUAACAACUUCAGAUUUUGUAUAUUUUCAAAUAUGUUUCUGCAUUAACAAGUUUGGAUUGGUGCAGUAGGUGUCUGUUUUUGGGUUCUACAUGUAAUGAUCAGCACAUGUACAUUCCAUUACUUGUUAAUAACAGUUCAGAAAUAAAUUUGGAGACUUUUUGGCUGUGCAAGCUGUGCAGUUACUGUAAAUGUAUUACUCCUUUUCUCAGCCCUCUAGAAUUAAUUGGAAUUGUGGUUUGAAAUGAUUUUUACAAAUUCACCAAGUAAAUGGGAUCAUUGUUAGAUUGCAGCAGUGGAAACCUUUCCUGCUUGUAUCUGGCACUUUGGAUUUUGAGGUAAAGAGCACAAAUAGCUGAAUUCGGCUACUUCAGUGAAAUUGUCUUAAGCCAUUUCUCUAACUUUUUGUUUACACAUGUAUGUAUAUAUAUAUAUGUGUAUAUAUAUAUAUAUAUAUAUAGGUUGAAAUAGCUGUUUAAGGCUAGAGGAAACUGAGAUUGUCAUUUGCCCCAAAAGAGUGAAACAAUGUGUGUAGAAUAGAUCAGCUUAUUGUGCUCUCUUACAGUAAAGAAGAAAUAUGUAGAAGAUUUAAACACUGAAUUUGCAAAAGGUCUUAAUGGAAUUGAGUUGUGAUGGAUUCACUGGGGGGGAUUCACAUGGCUUUUCCUGUGUUUUCAGAAGUUUGUGAACUUAAGGCCUCUCCUAAGAUUUUUAAUUUUUUUCUUUCAAGUGAAAUUUAAUAUCACAAGUUUUCACAGCAUUGAUUUGUUGUUAGGGGGUGAGAUUUGUUUGUGUUAGGUUGGGAUUUGUUUUGGUUUUUUGGCUGUAUUUUUUUUGGUUGUUGUUUUUUUGGUUUUUUGUUUUUUUUUUUUAAAUCAGAUGCAGUGCUGCUCCACACUUUCCACACCAAUCUUCUGUUCCAUAAUUUCCAUUAUGGCACUUAUUUGUCCCACAGGGUUUACUCUGAUGUCAGAUGUGUUGAAAUGU